AUGCCAUGCUCGGCAUGCGCUCCUGGUGCGCUAAGACGCUACUUUACCUACACCGAAGCCGCCAGAACAGCUGGCCUGCGCAUUCGCAAUGUUCGAUGCUUGACCAUUGAUUCAUCAAGGCACCUGUUUCACAUCGACUCGUCCCUUCUACGGAAUCAGGCUGCCUGCACCCAUCGAAUCAGUACGUUACAGCCGUCGCAGGUUCCAGGCUUUCAAGCUGCUCUCUCCCCAGUCGAGGACCCUACACGAAGAAAGGAGCCAUCUCAUCGCGACAGGAAUGGCUUGAUGAUAAGGGUUGAAGAUCCCACUGAGAUACAUGAAAACUUAGUGGGAGUAGCGCAGACAGCGAAAAUACCUGUCGAGUUGCGUUCGAGGCGGGACUCGAAAUUUUCAGGGUUUCUUAAGCCCCGAUCUUCGCCAAAGGAUGGAGAAUCUUUCGACCAGGUUCGGUUGAAAGAAAAUGCGAGGAAUCCAGGACAGCGUGGCGAUGCAACAUCUAUGUGGUCGAAAAACUCAAUUCGUGAGGAAAACUCAGGAUCUUCUAAACUCGCAGGCUCUAGCAGAAAGGCUCGGCUACAGGACUACUCCUCCAGAACUGUUGAGGGGAGCAAUGAGGCAAUGCGUUCUUCUCGGUCUGCGAAGGCAUCCGCGUAUUUUCGAACUGGCACUCAAAAUUACAAGGACCAGCGUGAACCAUGGCAGACACAGAAAAGCGCAUUAUCAGAGAAGUUCGGUCCCAGAGGUUGGCUUCCCCGGAAGCGUCUUUCGCCAGACACUUUGGAGGGCAUUCGAGCUCUUCAUGCCCAGCAACCGGAUAAAUUUACAACGCCAAUACUCGCGGAUCAAUUCAAAGUCUCGCCAGAAGCUAUUCGCCGCAUCUUGAAGAGCAAGUGGCGACCAAAAGACGAGGAAGAGGAGAGGAGGAGACAGAGAUGGGAGAAGCGUGGAGAGAAUAUAUGGAGUCAACUGGUCGAGAUAGGGAUCAAACCGCCGAAGAAAUGGAGAGAUAUGGGUGUGGGGAAGUCCAGGGAGAGAAAGCCAGCUCGAAGAGAAUCGGUGGGGUCUUAUUUGGAGUCCAAUUCCGAGUCCAAAGUAACAUCUAGCCUGCUGGGCCAAUCCACUACAAUUCUCCAUACCAUACCAGCGAACGGACAUGGGACUGGUUCUCCGGUGCCAUUAAGUGACAGGAUGCUAUGA